CACACCAGUUGGUGGCGGUAAUGAGCUUCUUAGCUGUUUUGGCGCCGCUAUUUCAACCACAGAAGAAGAACCCUGGCUGAAUCUUUUACACUUCAGAUGUUUUUACAAACUUUAGACUCAUAAAUAAAAUGGACAGCAGCGAUGAAGAGAUGGACGGAGACGAUGGCCAGUGGAGGAGCCAGUUCACGGGUCCAGAAGAACCCGCCACUUCCGGAUGGAGCGUAAAUAAUCCUCCAGGAGCUCCUCACAGAGUAAUUCUCCACUUUGACCUGGACUGUUUCUACGCUCAGGUGGAGAUGAUCAGAGAUCCUUCUCUGAGGGAGGUUCCUUUAGGCAUCCAGCAGAAGUACAUCAUCGUCACCUGUAAUUACGUGGCGAGGGAGCGCGGCGUCACCAAGCUGAUGUCUGUAACCGAUGCCAAAGAAAAAUGUCCAGAGCUGGUUCUGGUCCGAGGAGAAGACCUGACGCUCUACAGAGAGGCUUCCCAUCAAGUGACAGAGCUGCUGUCGUCUUUCUGUCCUUUGGUGGAGAGACUUGGCUUUGACGAAAACUUCAUGGACGUCACAGAGAUGGUGGAAAGGCGGAUGAAGGAGACGCCGCCGCCUGAAGGAUAUUCGUUUUCUGGACACGUCUACAACCCUUCCAACGCAGAGAUCAGCGGCAGCGACCACCCGCGGCUGGCUUUGGGCUCCUACAUCGCGGCCGAGCUGAGGGACGCGGUCCACAGCAGACUGGGCCUGACGGGCUGCGCCGGCGUCGCCACCAACAAGCUGCUGGCCAAGCUGGUUUCAGGCACCUUCAAGCCCAACCAGCAGACGGUCCUGCUGCCGGAGGACGUCGGCCACAUCAUGGAGUCACUGGGCGGAGUUCGGAAAGUUCCAGGUGUGGGGCAUCAAACGGCUAAAAAACUCCACCAGCUGGGCGUGGUUAGCGUGAAGGACCUGCAGCUCCUCCCACUGCCUGACUUGGUGAAGGAGUUCGGAGGCGCUGUUGCUCGGCGCCUGAGGAAUCUCUCCCUGGGUGUUGAUGACUCACCUGUCACCCCCAGCGGGGCUCCCCAGUCUCUCAGCGAUGAAGAUUCCUUCAAGAAGAUGAGCUCCGAGGCCGAAGUGGUGGAGAAGAUCCAGCAGCUCCUCAGCCGUCUGGUGGAAAGGAUGCAGAAGGACGGCAGGCAGCCUCAAACCUUCCGGCUCACCAUCCGCAGAUACACGCCAACCAACAAGUGGUUCAGCCGGGAGAGCCGGCAGUGCCCCAUCCCGAGUCACCUGGGGCAGAAGAUCCUCUCUGGCGCCACCGAGGACGCCGUCCUCCCGCUCGUCUCUUUGGCCAUGAAGCUCUUCCAUAAGAUGGUGGACGGCGGCUCCGCCUUCCACCUGACGCUCAUCAACGUCUGCUUCAGCAACCUGCAGAGCAGAGCCGCCGGCGCCGGUGGGAAGGGCGCCAUCACCGCCUUUUUCCCACGGCGCUCCCAGAAUCAGGACUCGGCUCCGAGUAUCGAUGGUCGCCGCUCGGGUCAUGGCGUUCCUCCAGCCCCCACAGGAAGCUCUUCAGGCUCUGAGGGGGAGUUCGGUGGCUUGGAGAGGAACCAGAGCUUCUUUGAGACUCUUCUAGAGAGGACAGACAUUCCCCGCAGCACACAAGGAUGCGGUUUUAAUGAAGCCACCAGAACUCCGUCACAGAGACUGCCAGCAGAUGUUGACCCAGAGGUGUUCGGCGCCCUUCCAGAGGAGAUCCAGAAGGAGCUUUUAGGUUCUGCUCACCUAAACUCCUCCACCUGCCCCUCCAUCGCUGAUGCUCUCCGUUUACCUACAAACAAACCUCCAAAGACCUUCACGGACUCGGAGGGAAACAAAUUCUGGAAGGAUCCCAGUCCAGCCGACCCAGCGACGGCUGUGGGUCCAGAGCGGCUCGCGGGAACGAGAACCCUCACAGAGCGAGCGGCGUUUCCUCCGUCAUCCGACCGCGAGCUGCCGGGAAACGUGGAUCCUCUGGUGUUUUCCCAACUCCCGCUUGGAAUUCAAAGGGAGCUGAGGUCCGAGUGGAGGCAGCAGAAGCCGGUUCUGAAGGUCCCGUCCUCCAAAGGUUCUGGCAGGCGCUCGCAGGGCAAAGACCCAAAAGCUGUGGGGGGGAGCAGUCAGCACAACAACCUGCUGAAGUAUUUCAAGCGGAGUUAGAGGAGGUGGAGUCGAUCCAUGUGACCGUCUGUCAGGAGGAACGUUUAAAAAAAAAAAACAGAACGGAUCUGGAACAAAAGUCUGUAACCAAACGCCGUGUCCAACCAUUUCAAAAUAAAACUUCUGCCGCUGCAGGUUUGAUUCCUGA